AUGGACUGGCUGACUGGAUCCCGAUUCCCGGCUGCUCGCUUUGAGCCCAUUCUUUCUUUCUGCCAGAUCCCACAUCCCUCAGCGGUACAGUCAUCAACCUUCUUCAAAGUCCAACCUCUCUACGCAUCCCUGGACACUUGCGAGCGCACUUUGCAUAUACACACGGCCACAUUUCCGGGUCCCACAUACCACGGUUCGUUGUUAGCUCAGCAUGUUUUCCCCAAGUCGAAAAUCAGGGGGAGGCUACAUGUUAAGAUACCUUACCUGCUCCAGAACAACUUAGAUGCGACACACAUGCCGGAAGCACAGCCGAACCCUGAACCUUCUACUUGGCUCGAUAUUCCGCCUAGACCGGAACCUCUCUCACCAUUGCCGCUGCUUCGCUUUCUGCCCACUCUAACUUGCUCGAUACGAUGCAUAGACGUGCAUCAAUCCCUUGACCAUAGCUGGCAGCAUCGAUCUCUUUCCAAGGUCUACGAAGCCGGCAGGUCCCAUAGGUUGCAAAUCACAAGAUACCACGGUAGCAAGCUCAUGGAUCAUGCCUGGCCCCAUGGCCCCCUCUCCGUUGCAUGCCAACGUUCGCAUCCCUCAGACAAAACGGAUGCAGUACGGAUGCAGUACGGAUACAUCGCACUCUAUGAAUUCAUACAGAAGCCGAUGGGCGAGCGGGCGGGCGAGCCACCCGACUAUUUCAACGGCCUCGACUGA